GGCUGAGCUCCUCAGACAUAGCAGCUGGCGGCAACUGGGAGGCGGGGAGACUCCGUCAGUGAGAGAGGGGGACGGGAAGGGGUCUCCCACGUAGCCAGAGCGCGGGAGAGGCGGGAAAGGCGCUGAGCUGCAACUCGGGCACAGACUUGGAGGACGCGCAAAAGUUUGCAGCAGGCAGCGCGCCUCUCCCCUCCCAGGGCCGGAGCCAGACUUUCCCAGCAAGGCUGCUGCAAACUCGGGUUGCUAGGAGCUGAGGGAGAAAGCGCGCUCGGUUCUUUUGAGCUCUGUGUAGACCGCGCGACCUGCUCUCCAGAGAGGCCCGAGCCAACAUACCUAGAAGAAGGCUUUGUCUUGGAAUUAAUCCAGAAUUGUUUUGAGAUCAUCAUGUGGUGCGUAGCUAAGGAAUGGCUCAGAGUAACUGCUUUGCUAUUCAUAGCUCAAGCAGUUUCUGCCAUGGUACUUCCCAAUGCAACACUAUGGGAGGAGCUGCUAGAAAAAUACAUGAAUGAAGAUGGUGAAUGGUGGACUGCCAAGCAAAGAGGGAAAAGGUCUAUCACUGACAGUGAUAUGCAAAGUAUCUUGGAUCUGCAUAAUAAAUUACGGAGUCAGGUGUAUCCGCAAGCUUCCAAUAUGGAAUAUAUGACGUGGGAUGUAGAGCUGGAGAGAUCAGCACAGUCCUGGGCUGAAACAUGUCUUUGGGAACAUGGGCCUUCAAGUCUACUUCCAUCCAUUGGGCAGAAUUUGGGAGCACACUGGGGAAGAUAUAGGCCUCCAACAUUUCAUGUCCAAGCAUGGUAUGAUGAAGUAAGAGACUUUAGCUAUCCUUAUCCUCAAGAAUGCAACCCUUAUUGCCCCUAUAGAUGUUCUGGUCCUGUAUGCACUCAUUAUACACAGGUGGUUUGGGCAACAAGUAGCAGAAUUGGUUGUGCCGUUAAUUUGUGUCAUAACAUGAAUGUCUGGGGUCAGAUAUGGCCAAAAGCAAUUUACUUGGUGUGCAAUUAUUCUCCCAAGGGUAAUUGGUGGGGUCAUGCACCAUACAAGCAUGGUCGCCCAUGUUCUGCAUGCCCACCUAGUUUUGGAGGUGGCUGUAGAGAUAAUCUUUGCUACAAAGAAGGUUCCGAAAGGCUUUACUCUCCAGAGAUGGAAACCAAUGAAAUUGAACGGCACCAGUCACAUGUUCAGGAUGCAUCACAAAAUCGGCUGAGGUCACAUCCAUCCAGAGAUGACAGUGAAAGAAAUGAAGUCAUAAGCAAGCAACAAAUGUCUCAAAUAAUUUCCUGUGAAGUACGGUUAAGGGACCAAUGCAAAGGAACCACUUGCAAUAGGUAUGAGUGUCCCGCUGGCUGCUUGGACAGCAAUGCCAAAGUGGUUGGAAGUGUGCAUUAUGACAUGCAAUCGAGUGUUUGCAGAGCUGCUAUACAUUAUGGCAUCGUAGACAAUGAUGGUGGCUGGGUAGAUGUUACCAGGCAAGGAAGAAGAAAUUAUUUCAUUAAGUCUUAUAGAAAUGGAGUUCAGUCAAUUGGCAAAUACCAGUCUGCUAAUUCCUUCACAGUCUCUAAAGUAGCAGUGCAAGCUAUCACUUGUGAAACAACUGUGGAACAAUUAUGCCCAUUUUACAAGCCGGCCACACAUUGUCCAAGAGUCUAUUGUCCUCAUAAUUGCAUGCAGGCAAAUCCACACUAUGCCCGAGUUGUUGGAACACGAAUUUAUUCUGAUGUGUCUAGUAUUUGCCGGACAGCCGUACAUGCUGGAGUAAUUCGCAAUGAAGGGGGCUUUGUUGAUAUUAUGCCAGUGGACAAAAGGAGAAUGUACAUUGCUUCAUUUCAAAAUGGAAUAUUUUCAGAAAGUUUACAGAAUCCCCCAGGAAAUAAGGCAUUCAGAGUGUUUGCUGUGGUCUGAAAGCCACCAGUAAACUGUAAAAAUGAUGGCACAAUGCUUGGAAGAAGAGAAAGAAAAUGUCAUUUAAUAUACUUUCAGAAUUUUGUAUAAAGAUGUAAUAUUGCUGUACAGAAGAUAUAUACUGUUUUCUAAUUGAAAAGGAGUUUAGCUGCAUGUAAAUCUUAAUAAGAAAAUAUCUGUAAAGUUAAACAUGGGACAAAAAUGUGCGUGAGAAAGUAUGAUGAUAAAUAACUUCUUUUGAAUCCUGUGUUAAAUAUUGCUAUAUUUUCUUAGCAUUUAUUCCUAUGCAGAUCAUUCAAAGCUCAUAAAUGUUCCACAUUUUUUUAAAUGAAGACAUUAUUAUCACAGUGUUUUAUGUAUGCCACUAACAUUAACUGUAAAGUUAUAUCUAUGAUAGAUUUUUAUAUCCACUGUAUAUAUAAUUUUUCAUUGCUGAUAAACUAAAAAAUAUAUAACUGAUGCCCUGAAGCAGUGAACACUUAUUAUUAGAAAAAUAUAUUAUGAUAAUCAUGUAAACUCAAGAGAAUUGAAAUAUUUUGCCAGUUUUAUAUAAUUUCCCCCUCAACCUAUUUUUAAAAAUUCAGUUAGAACAAAUCUUGGAAUGCAAACUAUAGUUUUUUAAAUUCAUUAAUUGUUAUGGACAAUUUGUAUUGUUUACACAGUCCUUUAAAAGGUAAAUCAUUACUAAAUGCUGCUAAAUUUGUGCUUGCUAAGCAGCCAUAUGCAUAAUAAAGAGUAAAAUAUUUUUAAAAUUAAGCAUUUCAUUUUACAGACUGGUAAGGCAUAAGUGGGAUUUACAUUUGAGAAAACGCAUAGAAUGGAGGUACAUCAGACUAAUUCAUUUAGCUCCAGUAAGUCAGUUAUUAGAAUUACAUCUAAACAGAUGCUUCUUUUUAGAACUGAAGCCUUUGGUAGUUUUGUUGUCAUAUGUGGUAUCAUUGAAUAGUGAAAUUGCACUGUCAAAAAUGGAUAAUACAGGCCCCAAAUACCCUUGAUUUCUUCAUCUGGUAUAUAUUCCUGCAGGGCAGGACACAGUGCCAGAGAGUAGUAUCCAAUACAUUCUCCCACCAUUUCAUUUAAUUUCAUCUAUGGCAAAUAGACCUGUGCAUUAUUUCAAACCUAUUGUGGUAUAUUAGAAAAACAUAUAAUGGUGACUGUAUCAAUCUUUCUAUGAAAAGCGUAAGACUGUAAAACUGAUAAAUAUUAUGUUUUUGUAUUUUUGGGUUUUGUCAUUGACUUUAUAAUUCCUUCCAAAAUAUUAUUGAUACUGAUAUUCUUCAUACAUACAUGCAAAUAUUUUCUGCCCUUUGUUUCGCUACAUGUACUACCUCAUGUAGUUAGGCAAGUAUUGUUAGCUUGUUAGAAAUAUCUUUUUUUUGAAUAAAAGUCGAUUAAAUGACAGUA